AUGGCGGAACGAGCCCUCACUCAGUUGCUGGGCCAGCUCAAGCACUCACCGUCGAUGAGUUAUGACGAGGCAAACAAGCUGCUCUCCAAGGCCAAGCUCGCCCUUCUGCGCCUGCACGCGCUCACGCCCUCGCCGAAACUUUCGUCGUCGCUCCUCGCCCUCGCUCGCGAGACGUACGAACAGGGAGCGCUCUUCGCUAUCCGCGCUCGCAAUCCCGACGCCUUCACCCGCUACGUCCAGCAACUACAGCCCUUUUACGAGCUGCCCUCGGCGCGGCUCCCGCCCAACCUGCCCGAGCGCAACAAGGUCACCGGCCUCGGCCUGGUGCUACUCCUCACCCAGGGCCGCUACGCCGAGUUCCACUCUGACCUCGAGAGCCUCGCCAACAGGGACGGCGGCGGCACCGCGGGUGACGUCGAGGGCGACCGCUACUUGGGUUAUCCCAUCCGGCUCGAGCGCUGGCUGAUGGAGGGCAGCUAUGAUCGCGUGUGGAAGGCUAUGAAGAGCAGCGAGGUUCCCUGUGACGAAUACAGCGUAUUUUCGGAGAUUCUCGAAAACCAGAUUCGCUCCGAGAUCGCCAGCAGUAGCGAACGUGCAUAUCUCAGCCUGCCCAUAAGCUCGACCAAAUCACUUCUCUUCCUUGACUCCGAAGGCGACGUCGUUCAGUUCGCCCAACACCGUGGCUGGAUCGUCCGCGAUGGCCACAUUUACUUUCCCCGUAAGACCACUGAUGGUGGUGAGGAAUCUGUACAGAACAAGGAUGUGAGCCUAAUGGUCAUCGAAAACACGCUGGGAUACGCUCGGGAGCUGGAAACUAUAGUUUAA